CAUCGAGUCUGCAUCCUUCCGAUGGCGACAAGCCCGUCACAUCUGAGAAUCUCAGUGGCCGUGGGAAUCAAGGAGCGCCCGGAGAACCUGCUUCGAAGGUCCUCGACGCACCUCCUGACGUGAAAGGGUUUCCUGAUUCCCAAUCAGUUGAUGCUGGACUUUAGGGUGCCCGUAAGGUUACAGAAAGUAUGAGACCACUCGGGGGACGUGUCACUUCUGUGGUAUCCAAAGCCGAGGAUGGCCCAAAAGAUCUCGCUGCCGCAGACGAUAUCCCGACCACAUAUCUUCAACAACUCAAAAUUUUCGACACUGUCAUAGAGAAUCUUGCGAACGUACAUCCUUAUGCAAAGAUGGUGCUGGGCAUGCUGUCCGCUGCAUCCAAAGUACUUCUCGCUCAAACAGAACGCGACAAAUCGGUGCAAUCUCUUCUCAACAAAUUGGAACAAGUUUACGGCUUCAUGUCGCAAAAGGACACUCUGGGCCAGAUUUCAUCCAAGCGCAGCAUUGCUGGACGAAUCGCGCAGCAGACUCUAGAGUACGCGUAUUUCAUCAGGGAUUAUUCGGAGAAAAAGAGCUUUUGGAAGAGACUCGGGAAAAAUGUCAUCUCAGAGACGGAUGAUCUGAUUUCACGGUACAAUAACGCUUUGGACGACUUCAUGCAACAAUUUCGGGACCAAGCUCUUCGAGACAUAGCCGAUCUUGUUCGGUGUACUAGUGACAAACUGGGUGACAAACUGGAUCUCAGCGGGAUGCCUUACGCAGCAGGCGCGGGACUAAAUACCACGAAACUAUGCCUACCAGGGACGCGCACGAAUGUUCUCUCCCGGAUCACUGCAUGGAUCAACGACAGCGGAGAUACUGCUCAGCGGGUGCUGUGGCUAUCUGGCCCUGCGGGCACGGGCAAGUCAGCCAUCGCUCAUACAAUAGCCAACUGGUUCAACGACUUGGGAGGGCUCGGUUCGUGUUUCUGCUUCGACCGGAAUCAAACCGACAAACGUCAUGAAAAAGUCUUCUCCACCAUCGCUCGCGACCUCGCCGAUCGUGAUCCGGAGAUGAGACACGCAUUAGCGAAUGUAGUCGAACGUGCAAAUGCGCUCAAGAGCACGACAGACAUCGUCCAGCAGUGGCGCAAGUUGUUGAUAGAAUCACUAAAGAAGUCUUCUGGGUCGAGCGUGGGGCCUGUCUUGAUCGUAAUCGAAGCGCUGGACGAGAGCGGGGAAGUCGAGACACGGCGCAACCUUCUCCGCAUACUUGCGGGUACCCUCGAGGGAGAAGGUCUUCCCAAAAUCACCGAACUCCCAUCCAACUUUCGGAUUCUCGUCACUUCUCGCGCGCUUCCUGAUAUCAAUUCUGAAUUUCAGGAUGCUCCACAUAUUCAACGGUGGACCGGGGGUCCCAAGGCAUAGACCAAAGGAAGAGACAUAGACAAGAGGCAGUUGGUCCUUCGGCGAUAGCCAUAGCUUAGUCAGCGACACGCGCAC